CUUAGCGCCCCUCAGUCUGCACGCCCAUCUCGCUCGCCGUCUGACAAGCUCCUCCACACGACUCAAACCUACCAUGUCAGACUAUCAGCCUACACCAAUUGCACCUCAAAAUAUUGCACCUCAGAAUAUUGCACCGCAGGACGGUGGCUCCAGCACAGCUCCCGAGCUAGCCCGGGACGUCGAGCCGGCACCGAUCACAGAGCAGGAGGUGGGCGAAUAUCGAGAGCAAGACCGUUUCUUGCCAGUAAGGUACUUGCCUCAAGAUUGGUCAACUGCUAAGCUGACGGCCGGUUCAAACAGAUAGCAAACGUCUCCCGCAUCAUGAAGGCAUCUGUGCCCGGCACCGCCAAAAUCUCGAAGGAGGCCAAGGAGUGUGUGCAAGAAUGCGUCUCCGAGUUCAUCAGCUUCAUCACUUCCGAGGCGGCCGAGAAGUGUCAAAUGGAGAAGCGCAAGACCAUUGGUGGGGAGGACAUUCUCUACGCCAUGCUCACUCUGGGCUUUGAGAACUAUGCGGAGACUCUCAAGAUUCAUCUCGCAAAGCUGCGUCAGGUACGCUCCGAAUUCUUGUACAGCGUGGGAUGACCUAGCAUACCACUCUGAAGCCCCAGAAUCAGUCAAACGCGUCCGGCGCAAAUGCACGACCAGAUACUGGAACCUCAAGCGACGCACGCGAGGAAUAGCUCGCUGUCGCAGCAUGCACCGUGUAACACCGUACCAGUCUCACUCUCAGCACUGUUGUAGACUGCUAUGACCCUGGCUUCCCAAGAGCUCUUGACGAAAAAUGACCUGCGACUCCGCCGAUGCUUCGUACUUAUCUCGUGUCCUCCGCACGUCGAUACUCUCUUGCAUAAAAUUGUACUGUUUGUACCAUACAGCUUGUGACUUCCACGUUAAAUUC